AUGGGGCUUCCUGGUGUCCAGCUCCGGCUGGUGCUGCUGUGGGCACUGGUGUGGGCACAGGAGACAAGGUCUGUGUGUCCCUCCUGUGGGGGCCCCACCCUGGCACCCCAAGCAGAACGAGCUCUGGUCCUAGAGCUGGCCAAGCAGCAAAUUUUGGAGGGGCUGCACCUGACCAGUCGUCCCAGGAUAACUAACCCUCCACCCCAGGCAGCACUGAGCAGAGCUCUCCGGAGACUACAGCAGGGAAGUGUGGCUCCGACGAAAGGGGAGGAGGUCAUCAGCUUUGCUACCACCACAGAUUCCUCCACUUCAACCUGCAGCUCCAUGCUCACCUUCCACCUGUCCACUCCUCGGUCCCACCAGCUGUUCCACGCGCGCCUAUGGCUUCAUGUACUUCCCACCCUUCCUGGCACUCUUUACUUGAAGAUCUUUCGAUGGGACACAAGGAGGAGGCACAGAGGGUCCGGGGCCUUCCUGGCUGAGCACCCAAUUACAAGCCCUGGCUGGCAUGCCCUGACUCUGCCCUCUAGUGGCUUGAGGGGCGAGGAGUCCCGUGUCCUGAGACUCCAACUGGACUGCAGUCCCCUAGAAGGCAACAGCACAGCUGCCGGCCAACCUCCGCGCCUCCUGGACACAGAGGGAAACCAGCGGCCCUUCCUGGAGCUUAAGACCCGUCCCAAUGGGCAGGGAGCAGGCCGCGUCAGGAGGAGGACCCCCACCUGUGAACCUGAGACUCCCUUAUGUUGUAGGCGAGACCAUUACGUAGACUUCCAGGAACUGGGAUGGAGGGACUGGAUCCUGCAGCCUGAGGGGUACCAGCUAAAUUACUGCAGUGGGCAGUGCCCCUCCCACCUGGCUGGCAGCCCGGGCAUUGCUGCCUCCUUCCAUUCUGCUGUCUUCAGCCUCCUCAAGGCCAACAACCCUUGGCCCUUGGGUACCUCCUGCUGUGUCCCUACUACCCGAAGGCCUCUCUCUCUCCUCUACCUGAACCGUGAUGGUAAUGUGGUCAAGACAGAUGUGCCAGAUAUGGUGGUGGAGGCCUGUGGCUGCAGCUAG